AGAGCUCACCUCCUUCGUACCAACAAAAGUCAAUACCUGAAGAAGGGAAAUGGCACUCGAUGGUCUUUUUCUGGGUAAAGAUCAAAAUAGAACUAACGGUGAAAAUAUCAAUGUCAAGUACCCAAAACUUGGAGACAUGCUAGAUUAUAUUCUUAAACAGCAGUCAGGGUUGUUAGAUUCCAGCGAAAUGAGGGAAGUAAAGUUGUCUUUCCCAUCCAAAAUGUACGUUGCUAUGAUUAGAUUUUUGUUGAAUUGCUUCAAGGCAGAUGUGGAGCAAAAGAAUUCAGUGGACAAAAUGUCCGAGUUUUUACCAUCGGUGGUUCAAAUGUGUUUGCUGCUUGAACAUGCUAUGGCUUAUGAAGGCUCUGUUGAAUUGCAUUCUAAUGCCUCCAAGGCGUUAAUUACAGUAGCAUCUCAUGUACCAGAGAUGGUAGCAUCUCGCUAUGCUGAUAAAAUACUGUGGCUAAAGCAAUUGCUUGGUCAUGUGGACUUUGACACCCGUGAAUCUAUAGCACGUUUGCUUGGAGUUGCUUCCUGUGCUCUUCCUAUUAAUGCUUCAUCUGAUCUAAUUUGCGAGCUAGUUUCGUUACUUGAUGGAUCACCUAAGUUGAGGUUUGUAGUUUUGAUCUGCAUGUUUGAAAUGCAGCACGGAGUGUUGUGCGCCCUAGGAUAUGUUACUGCAACCUGCAUGUCAAGAACACCUACUAUCUCAGAGUCAUUGCUUCAAAGCACAGUGAAAGGUCUGGUUGUUGUUGCUAACUCUGAGACUGCAACACUGGCUUCUGUAGCCAUGCAAGCACUGGGUCAUAUUGGACUUUGUUUUCCACUCCCUAUGCUACCUCAGGCCUCUACUUCAGUUGACAUUUUGACAUUGUUGCAUGAGAAGUUGAGCAAGCUUCUUGUUGGUGAUGAUAACAAAGCGAUCCAAAAAAUUCUUAUCUCUCUGGGGCAUAUGAGUGUGAAGGAAUCAUCUUUUUCACAUCUAAAUAUCGCCCUUGAUUUGAUUUUCAGUGUUUGCCGGUCAAAGGUUGAGGAUAUCUUGUUUGCAGCUGGGGAGGCUCUUUCAUUUUUGUGGGGUGGUGUUCCCGUGACGGCUGAUAUGAUCCUCAAAACCAAUUAUACUUCACUUUCCAUGAGUUCAAACUUUCUCAUGGGAGAUGUGUCCUCGUCUCUGUCAGGAUGUAGCUUUAUGGAGUUUCAAGACAAUGAAGAUAGCCAUGCCAGUGUUAGAGAUGUGAUUACCAGAAAGCUUUUUGAUGUUUUGUUAUACAGUAACAAGAAGGAGGAGCGCUGUGCUGGAACUGUCUGGCUACUAUCGCUAACAAUGUAUUGUGGUCAUCAUCCAACUAUUCAACUUUUGCUGCCAGAGAUCCAGGAAGCAUUUUCACACCUACUAGGUGAGCAAAAUGAACUUACACAGGAUCUGGCAUCCCAAGGCAUGAGCAUUGUGUAUGAGCUAGGUGAUGCUUCCAUGAAAAAGAACCUAGUAAAUGCACUAGUGGGAACUUUGACUGGUUCAGGGAAGAGGAAAAGAGCUGUCAAGCUUGUUGAAGAUUCUGAAGUGUUCCAAGAGGGUGCCAUCGGUGAAGGUCUUAAUGGUGGCAAACUCAGCACUUACAAGGAGCUCUGCAAUUUGGCGAAUGAGAUGGGGCAGCCAGACCUAAUUUAUAAGUUCAUGGAUUUAGCCAACUAUCAAGCUUCUUUAAAUUCUAAACGAGGUGCUGCUUUUGGGUUUUCUAAGAUAGCCAAGCAAGCAGGGGAUGCUCUACAGCCACACUUACGUUUGUUAAUUCCGAGGUUGGUUCGUUACCAGUAUGAUCCAGAUAAAAAUGUGCAGGAUUCAAUGGCACACAUCUGGAAAUCACUGGUGGCAGAAUCAAAGAGAACCAUUGAUGAAUACUUGGACCUUAUUAUUGAUGAUCUUUUGAUGCAAUGUGGAUCCAGGCUUUGGCGCUCACGCGAGGCUUCCUGUCUUGCUCUCGCAGAUAUAAUCCAAGGACGCAAAUUUGAUCAGGUUGGGAAGCAUUUGAAGAAGGUAUGGAUAGCUGCAUUUCGUGCCAUGGAUGACAUAAAGGAAACUGUUCGAAAUUCUGGUGACAAAUUAUGCCGUGCUGUUUCUUCACUAACAAUGAGACUAUGUGACGUGUCUCUCACACAAACAUCAGAUGCAAGACAAACAAUGGAUGUUGUGUUACCUUUGUUGCUAACAGAAGGGCUAAUGAGUAAAGUUGACUCUGUACGGAAGGCAUCAAUUGGAAUGGUUACGAAACUUGCAAAGGGUGCAGGGAUUGCAAUCCUUCCACAUUUAUCUGAUCUGGUUUGUUGCAUGCUGGAAAGUUUAUCAAGUCUUGAAGACCAAGGGCUAAAUUAUGUUGAGUUGCAUGCAGCAAAUGUUGGAAUACAGACUGAGAAACUUGAAAAUUUGCGAAUUUCAAUUGCCAAAAGUUCUCCAAUGUGGGAAACUCUUGACUUAUGCAUAGAGGUCAUCGAUGCGCAAUCCCUAGAGCUGUUGGUUCCUCGUCUUGCUCAGUUGAUUCGAUCUGGUGUUGGCCUCAACACUAGGGUGGGUCUAGCCAACUUUAUUAGUUUGUUAGUUCAAAAAGUUGGUGUCCGCAUCAAACCGUUCACUGGCAUGCUGCUGAAGCUUUUGUUUCCAGUUGUUAAAGAGGAGAAAAGUGCUACGUGCAGACGUGCGUUUGCAAAUGCUUGUGCAAUAGUUUUUAAGUAUGCAACUCCCUCUCAGGCCCAAAAGUUAAUUGAAGAUACUGCAGCUUUGCAUACUGGUGAUAGAUACCUUCAGAUUUCAUGUGCGGUUCUAUUAAAAAGCUAUUCAUCAAUGGCCUCAGAUGUGCUGAGUGGAUACCAUGCUGCAAUUGUACCGGUUAUUUUUGUUUCAAGAUUUGAGGAUGAAAAGAAUGUCUCUACUUUGUAUGAGGAAUUGUGGGAAGAAAAUUUUAGCAGUGAACGAAUCACCCUUCAAUUAUAUUUGGAAGAAAUUGUUUCUCUUAUUAAUAAUGGAAUUACGUCAUCGUCAUGGACAAGUAAAAGGAAGGCGGCCCAGGCAAUUGGUAAGCUUAGUGAAGUCUUGGGUGAAUCACUAUCUUCAUAUCAUCAUGUGCUGCUCACAUCUCUUAUGAAGGAAGUUCCUGGUCGCUUGUGGGAGGGAAAGGAAGCUCUGUUAGACGCAUUAUCUGCUCUUUGUAUGUCUUGCCAUGAAGCAAUUACCAUUGCGGAUCCUGAAAAACCAAAUGCUGUUUUGAGCAUGGUAUCUUCUGCAUGCACAAAGAAAGUCAAGAAAUAUCGUGAAGCAGCUUUAUGCUGUCUGGAGCAGGUCAUUAAAGCCUUCAGUAAUCCAGACUUCUUCAAUAUGGUUUUUCCUUUAUUGUUUGAGAUGUGCAAUUCGGCCCAUCACAUCAAGUCGGGUCAAAUACCUAUGGUCGGUGAUGUUAAAGCAGGUGGUUUUCAAUUUCAUUUAGGCAUCUAA